AUGCUUGUUUGCAAGUGUUGGUGCUCUAUCAUCUUAUUCAUCAACAACAAAGAUUUUGUUUCAAAGCAGUCAAACCUUUUCAACACCAACCAAAACAAUGAGCUACUUACAGUGGAAAGAACCGAAAAGAAUAACAUUGUUAAGGAGGUAAUAAGAUUCCGGAGAAGUAGUUCAUUUAAGAGUAUAUCUAUUAAGACUAUAUACUUAAGUGAAGGGAUCAUGGUUAAGGGUUACGCGAAUGGGGUGUUCUUGAUGGGUAGAUUGCACUCCCCUCUUGUUUUUCAAUUAUGGAACCCUAGCAUUAACAAGUUCGCGUCAAUUCCUGAAUGUCCUUUUCUAAGAAAUGAACAUUCUAGCCAUAGUUUGUCGUCUUCUUUUGGUUGUGAUUCUUUGUUACAUGAUAUUAAAGUGGUGGUUGUUAAGACUUCCCCUAGGUUAAUUUUUAGUCGAGUUCCUAACUCGAUUGCAAUUUUUUCACUAAGACUUGGCCUAUGGAAUCUUAAGCUAUUGGAGGGUGUGGGAGAUCGGUGGCUAAUUAAGGGAAACCCACUUUUCUCCAAAGGGACUUUGAAUUGGCUAGCACGCGAUGAAAGGGUCGAACAUGGUAGUGGUAGACCUACCCAUAUCGCGUCAUUUGACUUGGGUAUUGAGGCAUUUACCUUUGUUAAAUUGCCAGAGGAUGGAACAGGGGAGAGGGAAAAGCCUCUACGGUUUAUCUUCCUUCUUGGAGGAUCGGUAGGUCUCUUCGAUGUUUCGCCUUGGCAAAACAGCAUAUGGGUGCUAGAUAACAAGGAUGCACAAGAGCCAUGGACUAAGUGGUUUUCAACAGAUUCAUCUCAUGGUUUGUACGAGUUUUUCCAACAUCAUGGCUGUAAUAUUAGUCACUUGUGUUAUGUUGAGAAGACUAGCAAGUUUUUCAUGUUGAUAGAGGGAAAAACAAAGUCCUAUGAUCUCAAAAAUCAUCAGAUUGUCGAUCUAAGAACGUCUAAAUGUCUAAUGGUGCUUAUGUAA